GGCACACUUAUUGACAUAAUUGCGCAUGUUGGCAAGUGUGGUCUCAUGAGUGAUCAGACAUCUCUGCCGUAUCCAGGUAUAUUUAACUUGAAUAUGUAUGUUCAUAUUACUGCUUAUAAUUAAUUUCACAUUCCUAGUAAUAACAGGUCAACCGACGCUCAGCACAUGGUAAGUCGACAUGCACUUCUUAACACUCAUGCUUUUAGGCAAUGUCUUAUUAUGUAAGUCAAUGGGGUGGUUUUAUACUUGAAUGUAUUCGCCAUAUUCAUGUCAUAAGACACUUCUAAGUCUGCUCUCUCAGUUCUAUGAUUGUAGAGAGGUGGUUAUGUAGUAGUUUGUUUCUUUCAAUUUUUCGUCUAACUAAUUUAAAUGCCUCUUGUUUUUACAGCCUCAAACAGGUGCACGCUUAGAAAGUGUAGGCGUACCUGCCCCUAACCCGUUCUAUCCUCUCCGCCAUCCGGAUCAGCUCCCUCGGUUUUUUUGCGGUGGUAUGACACAAGCUCCAUUUCUUUGCAUGUCUGUCUCCGACGUUCAGCCGCACGACCACAUGGGUGUCGCUGCGCACACUGACUGUGCUCAGUACCAGCAUACUUUUUACAACCCUAUUAUUCCCGCCAUCCAAACAAAUCCAAACCAGGCAAGCGGAAACCAACCGCUUAAUACUGCGCUACCAAAGCCAGUACGUGAAAAGAAACCAUUAAGUGUGUUUGAUCCUGUAACAAAAUCAGAACUCAAUCUAGAAGAAGCAUCAAGAAUCCCUUCUGAAUCACGCAAGAAAGAACCAUUAAUUAUACAACCUAAGGCGGAUGAAUCGCCUCCCAUAUCUCAAACAAAAGACGAAAGCGAAAAACCUGUCUGCACUGAGUACAAGGAUGAGGGUAUAUCAAGCGUAGAGACAGCGUCACAAGAAGAUGCCCCACCUAAAGAAAGUGUGGGUUCAGACGACUUGUGUAAUGAGGUCCUUGAGCAUGUCAGAUCGCUAGAUGAACGUUUGUCACAAGAAGACGAAACAGAGUGGGAAGGUGCAAAAGAAGAGGAGGCAAAAGAGGAGACGAUGGACAGACAAAGAUAUCCACGUGACUUCAUUCUUUCUUGUAAAGCUUCAGGCGUUGUAUUGUCGUUAGAUAACUAUAGGGUAAGAAACCACUUUUCUAAUUUUGAUGUAAUAAACCUAGGAUAUCAUGAAUAGCUUUGCAAAUAUAAAAAGGACUCGUAAUCAAUCUAAUUUUAUACACAAAGGCAGAGUUAUUCAAAUACCCACAACUAUUACUAUCAAACGUGUUGAAGGUGCUUUCGUCCCGUCAAAACUUGUUAAUCACGGAGCCAAUAAUGUAACAGAUAGCUCAAAGGAUGUCGCUCGAGAGCUAAAUAUGAUUUUGAACCGUGUUUCGGCCAGCAAUUUAGAAGUGACUAUCAGUGAUAUUGAGAAGCUUAACAUCGCAACACCCGAAGAUCUCAGUCUUUUGGCAAGAACGAUUUUCCAAAAAGUAAGUCCAAGUGCUCGUACUAGAUGAUUAGUUUAUUAGUGUAGUUAAUUACAUGGGAGAGGAGCAGAUGUACUAUUGUUUAUGUACAAGACUCAGUGAUUCCCUAUCAUGCACCGGAUGGCUCUGUGUUGUAUUUAGAAACUAACAAUACAGAUCUCAAUACAAUGUCUAUAGUUUCAACAAGCAUGAAAUAAUAUGAUAGGUGGUGGUUUCCACAUAACCUUUGCUUAGAACUAAGCACACCACAUACGAAAAGUUUUGAAUGCCAUUCCUGUCCGUUAUCAGGCAAUCAAAAUACUGUAAAGUUUUCGCGAAUUUAUGUAAAAACCUAAAAGGGUUGGAAGUACAAGGUUCAGAACGCUUUCCAGUGUUAAUUCUACAACAAACACAAGAGCUGUUCAACAAACCAUUAGAUGUUCUGAUAACUGAAUUAAAUGCCACCAUUGAUGCUAAAAUUGCAGCAGCCAAGGAUGAAUCAAUAAAACGGAUGCUUGAAGAUGACCGAGAAACAAACAUUCAGAAGACAACUGAUUCUUACUAUGGAAAUAUAACGUUCAUUGCUGAACUCUAUCUUGUUGGAUGUAUUCCAAUAAAAACUAUGACUGAAUGCCUGAAAAAAUUGAAAGAUUCUUCAGCUCCCGAAGCUUUAACCUCUCUCAUAAUUCUUCUAAAUAUAUGUGGCAGUAAUCUUGAAAAAAAUUCUAAGUCUGUUUUGGAUCAGUGCUUCAAGCGACUCGAACAGUUAAAAGAUUCGAAAAACAUUGAGACGCAUCAAAUUUUCAAAGUACACGAGUUAGUGGAAUUACGUUCGCGUGAUUGGAAAUCUGCUAAUAUUACCCAACCUCAACCACAAAUAGAUACUUCCAGACGAAAUAUAGAUGAUAAACUAAAGCGGAACUUCAUUCAGUUAGAUACAAAACGUAAAUCUGUUCAGUCAGUGAAUCCCUUAACGCCUUCCAGUUUAGCUGUUACUCCACAAUCCUACGAUUCUCGAAAACUUGGUCCAACUGUGGCUAAUUGGAGUCAAGGUAGUGGUUUACUACGGCCUUCUGAAGAUAACCAUUCAAAGCGCAUUCAACAGUCAGUACAUUCUCGUGAAUCAUCCCCACGUGUCCCUGUGGGGCCCCAGGGUGCGUGGGCUCGUCCUCUGCCGUUAGGACAAAAGGUAAAAGAAAAUGACUAUGAAUCAAUGCUUGAGGAAACGAAGGGUCCUGCUCGUUCAAUAGUGGAUACAGUUUCAAUGCCGGGUGAUGAUUGUCAUUGUACUAUUGUCAAGUGUGAGCCUGAAAAACGUUCAGCUUUACUCCACAAUGUUUUUGAGAUUCUAAUGGACUGCAACUCAAAAAAGCGAAAUGAAGUUGGUCGAUUUUGUGUGGAUAUGCUUCAUAAAGGAAUCCUUACAGAAAAUAAUAUUAUUACAUCAUGUGAAAACUUCUUCAAAUUAUGCGAUAGUGAUUGGCUUUCGGAUUAUCCACAGGGUUGGCUCUACGUUGCAGAAAUCCUUCAUCAUCUUGUACGUGGCGAAUCCGAUUAUAUGACUACUCUUCUGCGGUCAGUUGAGUCUAUCCGGUCUGAUGACCGGGCUGCUGAAUUGGUGGCAGACUGUAUUAAACUAAGCAAAGCAUCUACAAGUGUUGAGCAACUUGUAAAAAAACUCCAGGCCUGUGGCUUUAUGUGGGACAAACUUGGUGUUACAGGAAGCAAAACAUGGGACUUUGCUUAUCAGCGGUCCAUAGAGUUCACCAUAAUUGGAGUUCAUAGUUUCGAAUCUGGAAAACUCAAUGAACUUAAUGAACUAACUACGAACCCUUCGUCUCCUGAUAAAAUUUCCAGUUAUUUUAAUACACUAUCUCAACGUAACCUGUCUAAAUGGUUUAUGCAAUCGAUCAUGCCAAUUUUGCUAAAAUCUCCAGAUCAAUCAAAAACGAAAAUAGAUUCGUUUGUGAUGUCCCUCGGUAUUUUGGUUGACCACAAGCCUGAUAGAGAGCUUCACAUUUUAAGUGGUUUUCAAGAUCCGUCAUCAAAUCAAGUUUUUGUCGGGUCAUGGCUUACUUCGCUCGUUGAAAAGAAAGUGAUAUCGGCAGACGCUUUAUCACAAUGGAAAAAAAGUGAUAAUGACGGUUCUGUAGCCAAAAUUCUCUCUGGUAUACCUGAAUUAAGGAACUUAUAGUGUUUAUUUUAUCUUUUGAUAAUUUUUUUAUAAGAGCAGAUUUUUAUCUAAAUUGCUCACAUAGGACGAUGCCUAGUUAUUGUUGAAGUGAUUAAAAUAAUUCAAAGCAAUUAUAAGUUAUCUUAUCAGUUGAACUGAAUAUAAACAUAAUCACUGAUUCGAUUCACACCGUAAUUAACGUAAUGCUGUACAAUAUUAGAUAUUAACUGAAACAUGCAACGUAAGCGUGUUGUUGUUAUAGAAGCCAAAUAAAAAUUUAUGAAUAGCUUUUGUUUCCAGCCUUAUCAUAAACAUGUCAAUUUUAAUCUUCUUAUACUUCCCUUGUUCUCUUUGUACACAACUAUUUUUAACACUAAUACUGCCGCAGUGGAAGUCAUAAUUAUAGUACAUUCUAUUAGUUUUGUUGAUUUUUUCUUGAAAUGCACAUGUAUUUCUAUCGGUUAUUGAUAAUUUGUGAUUGCCUUGAUCAAUUUUAUUAACUUCGUCCUUGAUUACUGUGAACAAGAUAAAUCCUUGAGCUUGUUUUAACUAUGCUUUCACCUGUAUUGUCUAUCUUAUUUGCUGUGCGAUUUAAUGACAGCCACUUCUACUAAUGUAUAAAAUGCCAGUAGAAGAUACACACACAUAUAUAAACCCUUUAUUUUUUGUAUUUAAAUUGUCCUGUUUCACUUGUUUAUAUCCCUCUUCUGAUAGUUAUCAUUCUUUGCACAAUAUUAAAUCCGGGCUUCUGAAUAGCGUGAUUUACUGUGAAUAUUCUUUCCUAAUUGUAAACUUUGGCCAUAAGACUUUGUGUGCUGUAAUUUAGUGUUGGGUUUUCGGUUCUUCCAAUUAUUCUAUUGCGUGGUUGUUUUCCAUGUGUUUUGCCUACUUGUAAGGUGUUUUCUUGUGUGUAGAUUUUUCAAUCUCUUUCAAACAUCCAAUUCAUACCAUUAAUUAAAAACAUUGACUACUCUACUAACUCAAACGCACUUUGUAUAAAAAAAUGUACCUUUAAAUUAUGAAAUGUGUUUACCUUGGUUUUACAUCUUGUUACCGAUGUCCAACAGUGUGAAUUUCUGGCUUUGCGUAAUUGAGUACAAAGAAAAUAGGUAAAGGUCGUACUUUUACUU